AGAAAAACCUUUCUAAACGAAAGAAAACAAAACAGCCCCAGAGAGCUAACAAAAAAUCUCUCGACCCUUUCUCCUUCCUCUAUCCUCGUCGUCUCAAACAUAUUCUUUCACCAUCGCCGAUCUACUCCUCCACCAUCUCCGUUGUUAUGGCUGAACCAUCUCUCUCCACACUCCUCUCCCUCAACCUCCUCCUCCACCUCCAGUUCCCGACCCAACUGGCCCAAAACCCUAAGUCACCUCCGAUUGGGUUCUGAUAUGAUGUCUUGCUCCGCCGUCCCAUGUCUCUUCUCGGUUUACUCCGCCGCCGUCAGUGUCAUCAAACAAAUGGGAUUGGGAUGGGAUUGGGUCUUUUCUCUCCUCCGGCGGAGAUUAGGCACGGAUGGACGACAGUGGCGAGGCGUGGAGCAGCGAAGGAGAACUCUCGUCGUGUUCAUAACCAAAUAUGUACCUGCUUUGAAGGCGGCAGCGUCGAUCCAGGAGGAGUUCAAGCUGGAGAGUAGCCGUCAAAGCUUCCUUUGCCAAGACUCGCCGAGGAACCUGUACCAGGCACCUGAUAGAAAUAGAAGGCCAGGGCAUUGUCGGAUAUCAUGGCUUACCGGAAAACUACAUUCAAAGUUGGAUUGAAGCUCCAAGACGGCUUCUCGACGAUGAUAUAUUAGGGUUUUCUUGUUUUGGUUUAAUCCGGUUGUUUAUGAUUUUAAUUUUGUAAAUGUUGGUUAUUUCCCAGUUUGGACAUUAAUAUAUAAUAUUAUUUAAAAAAGAAAUCUAUUUAAUUAUGCAUUCUUUUUUUAAC